AUGAACCCUAAACCUCCGAAGGCAACCGCAAACCGGUCCCCACGGAAACCUAACCAGAACUGUAACGCGAACCCGAACCCUAACCGGACUCCCCUGACCCUAACCUUAACCCUACCCCGAACCCGAACCAGAACCACGAAGCCUAAGGAUACCGCGACGCAACGCUACCCCGAACACAGAAACCGAAAACGACCCCGACCCCGAAAUCCGAAAAACCGAACACCUGAACCUAACCCUAAGGCUACGAACCCUAAUCUAACCCCAAACCCCAAACCCCAGCGACAACCCCCAAACCGAACCGGGACCCGAAAGCGGAGCCCCACAGCCGUAAACCCGAACCCGAACCCCAAAAACCAACCCGAACCCGGAUACCCGAACCCCAACCCACCCGGAACCAGACCACGACCCCGAAGCCGAACCCUGUGCCCUAGCCCGAAACCAGAACACGAAACAAACGCGAAGCCGCUGAACCAUAGAGGCGACUCAGAACCCGGCACCCGAACCCAAACCUUGGACCCUACCCUCACCCGAACACGAAAUGAACCACUACUCCCCAACGGCAACAACCAAGGGCCCAACCCACCCAACGCAACCCCGAAAGCGAAGCCGAAACCGAGCCAGCGGAAAGCCAUAGGACAAGGAACGCCACCCCGACCCCGAACCCCAUACCCCAACCGGCAACUCGAACCACAGCCGAACCGAACCCGAACCCGAAAGCAGCCCGAAGCCGAACGCCGAAUCCCCCCGACACCGAACUCCAAAACACGAACCCUGGGACACGAACCCAAUAGCACGCACAAAGCCCUGCACCCGAAAGCCGAACGCGAACCCGAACCCUGA